AGAAUAAUGGCGUUCCUACUUUCUUUUUAAUUUUCUCGGGAAAAUAUUUUUGUUGCUGAUUUGAUUGAUUUGGGUUUCUGGGGUUUAAUGUAGGUUGUUCAGUAAUAAACUGGAUUACAUCUUUUGCAAUCAGAAGACCCAGAACAUAUGACGAAGAAAAGCAAAAUCAAUCCCAAGGACAAUCAUAUUUCAUUCCAGUGUGAGAUCAUGGCAAUGGUGGAGAAGAAGCUGAAGGAAAUGGGAAUCGAAUGCAUGAGGCAGAUGGUGGAGGAAGGUGGGAUUCACAUCGAUCAACUGUUCUUCCAUGACCCGGAUGGCUUCAUAAUCGAGAUAUGCAACUACGAUAACAUCCCCAUUGUCCCACUAUCUGGAGAAGUGGUUCGAUCAUGUUCCCAGGUGAAUCUGAACAAGAAAAUGCAGCAUCAGCAGCAACAAAUACAAGUAGUCCAACCAUAGGAGAGCUAUAGCUAGCAUGCCUCAGCUUUCUCUCCUUUUGUUUUUCUUGUUUAAUUCGUUUAUUAAUUUGGGGUUUAUGUAUUAAGAACUUGGUGAUCUCAUGAUUACAUUCCAUCAACAAAAUGAUAAUGGUCAUUUAUGCCCAUCUUGGAAUCUUAUUAUGAGCUUGUAUGCAAAUUGUGAUUCUCUCCUCCAUGGCUUUAACUGGGGUUUGGUUGUAAAUAUUUUGGAGUGCUUGGCCAUGUUAUAGCCUGAACUUUUUACUCUUUUGGUUUGGCAAUUAUUUCAAAAGUGGGGAGUAAGGCUACACUUGA